AUGUCGGCGACUUGUUUGACGGCAUUACCAACAACACCAUCGGCAACGUCGUCUUCUACUUUAAGCAUGAAGCGUUCGUCGACGAUGACGACGACGACGAGAACGAUGACGAGAACACAACAACAGAACAACAGAGCAGGAAAUACUCCGAAAAGAGAUACGAGGGUAUACAUGGGCAGAAAAGCCGCGAAGGUUGCACAAACGAAGAACAAAAACGAUGCCAUUCGAACAAAGUUGUAUGGGAAGUUUGGGAAAGAAAUCGCGCGGGCGGCGAAAGAAGGCGGGACGGGGACGGAUAACGUGCGUUUGCAAGGCAUUUUAAAAGAUGCGAAAAGAAUGUCUGUGCCAGCGGAUUUAAUCGAGAGAAACUUGAAGAAGGCGGGCGAGGCAAAAGGCGGCGAUUUCAUGGAGUUGACGUACGAGUGUUACGGACACGGCGGCGUCGGCAUCGUCAUGGAAGUGUUAUCAGAUAACGUGAAUCGAUGCGCCGGAGACAUCCCAGCGGCGGUUAAGAAAGGUGGCGGGAAAAUGGCCGAGUCCGGUUCGGUGUUGUUUAACUUCGAACGAAAAGGUCUCGUGUAUUUGAAAUCCGGGGACGAAGAUGCGAUUUUUGAAGCAGCCAUUGAGGCUGGCGCAGACGAUGUGAAGGAGAACGACGAAUUUUCCGAGGAUGGUUACGUUGUUAUCGCGGAAUACCAGUCAUUUGCGAGCGUGAGAGAUUCGUUGAUUGAUGGUGGAUUUGAUGUAGACGCCGAGAACUCUGGAUUAAAGUUGUUACCAUUAGCAAACGUAGAAGUUUCUGAGGAAGAUGCGGAAGCCAACGAAGUCCUGUUGGAUAAAAUUUUGGAAAUUGAAGACGUCGAUGCCGUGUUCACGCAAAUGGAUAGCAUACUUUAA